GGCAAAAGCGAAAGAGAAUUUCAGAGCUGCCAGACUACGGAAAUCCUAAAAUAGCAUCGGGUGCUAAGUGCAAAAUAUUCCGUCCCUUCAAAUGCUGUCGGUCCAAGUUGCGAAUCGGCGUCUGAUCACACUUUUUCAGACUCCUCAACCAAAUCCCUGCCCAAUUUUUCUUGAGAAAAGAGGGGGGAAACCCUAAAAGCUAGAAAAAUCAAAUGGCGAUGACGAGCUUGGCAAGACGAAGGGCGACGAGCCUCUUCAACUCCAGCAUUCUGCGCGGCUCCGCCUUCUCUAGAAGCUUCGCAUCGGGAUCCGACGACAACGACGUCGUCGUGAUCGGCGGUGGGCCUGGUGGCUACGUCGCGGCGAUCAAGGCGGCGCAGCUAGGGCUCAAGACCACGUGCAUCGAGAAAAGAGGAGCUCUAGGCGGCACGUGCCUCAACGUCGGAUGCAUCCCCUCUAAGGCUCUGCUACACUCCUCUCACAUGUACCAUGAAGCCGUGCAUGCCUUCCCAAACCAUGGUGUCAAGUUCUCCCAGCUUGAAGUUGAUCUGCCUGCCAUGAUGGCACAAAAAGACAAAGCUGUCUCUGGUCUAACCCGAGGUAUUGAAGGCUUAUUUAAGAAGAACAAAGUGAACUAUGUUAAAGGAUAUGGAAAGUUUGCCGCACCUAAUGAAAUAUCCGUAGAGACCCUCGAAGGUGGAAACACAGUUAUCAAGGGCAAAAACAUCAUAAUCGCAACAGGUUCUGACGUCAAAUCCCUUCCAGGAGUCACCAUUGACGAGAAGAAGAUUGUCUCAUCAACUGGUGCUCUAGCUUUAUCCGAAAUCCCCAAAAAGCUUGUGGUGAUUGGUGCUGGCUACAUUGGACUAGAGAUGGGCUCAGUCUGGGGUCGACUUGGCUCAGAAGUAACAGUUGUUGAGUUUGCUUCAGACAUUGUUCCGACUAUGGAUGGUGAAGUUAGAAAGCAAUUCCAGCGGAUGCUUGAGAAGCAAAAAAUGAAGUUUAUGCUUAAGACAAAGGUCGUUGGGGUCGACACAUCUGGGUCAGCGGUGAAGCUUACACUCGAGCCAGCUGCUGGCGGUGAACAAACCACUCUUGAGGCUGAUGUAGUUUUGGUCUCAGCAGGUAGAACACCAUUCACUGCUGGGCUUGGACUUGAUGCUAUCGGUGUUGAGACGGACAAGUUAGGCAGGAUUCCUGUAGAUCAUCAGUUUAUGACGAAUGUUAAAGGCGUCUAUGCCAUUGGAGAUGUAAUACCGGGACCCAUGCUUGCUCACAAAGCUGAAGAGGAUGGAGUUGCUUGUGUGGAGUUUAUCGCAGGAAAAGAGGGCCACGUUGACUAUGACUUGGUGCCUGGAGUUGUAUACACACAUCCUGAGGUUGCUUCGGUUGGAAAAACCGAGGAGCAAGUGAAGGCAGCUGGUGUAGCUUAUCGAGUGGGCAAAUUUCCUUUCAUGGCAAAUAGCAGAGCAAAGGCUAUUGAUGAUGCUGAGGGGUUGGUGAAGAUUCUGGCAGAGAAAGAGACCGAUAAAAUCUUGGGAGUUCACAUCAUGGCACCAAAUGCUGGAGAAUUGAUCCAUGAAGCAGUGCUGGCAAUGCAGUAUGGAGCGUCAAGUGAGGACAUUGCUCGCACGUGUCAUGCUCACCCUACUAUGAGCGAGGCUGUGAAGGAAGCUGCUAUGGCUACCUAUGACAAGCCCAUUCACAUGUAGUUAGCUUUUGUAUGAUUCUGGUUUAAUCUUCACGUCCUUACGAGUUUUUGAAAUAAGUUUAGGUUCAGUUAUCGGGAACCAAUAUUGUUCGUCAACUGGCAGACACUUUUGUCAGCGAGAUUUAGAAAAUCUGAGAUUUUUGGUUUUGUAAGCAUUUUUUAACGGUUUUAUUUCAGUGUCUGAACAGGAUUUGGAGUCUAUGUUGUAAGUUGAGAUGCACAUGAAAUUUGGUGUUACUGAACAUUUGUUCGAGUAGUAUACUGUUGCCUUGUUUU